AUGAAUAUGUAUUAUCUUAAAAUGAUAUUGUUUACCUUUUUAAUAAAUACAUUAGUAUUACCACAUUAUGAGAAUUAUCUAAAUAACCAUUAUAAUGUAAGUCUCAUUCAAAGCAAGACCAAAAGAACAACGAUAAAAUCAAGACUUUUAGCACAAACCCAAAUCCGUAAUCCGCAUUAUCAUAAUGAUCCAGAACUCAAAGAAAUAAUUGAUAAAAUGAACGAGGAAGCAAUUAAAAAAUACCAAAACACUCAUCAUCCAUAUAAACAAUUAAAAGAAGUAGUAGAAAAAAACGUAACAAAACAUGUAGGUGGUAAUGAUACAGAACCUAUGUCAACGCUAGAAAAAGAAUUAUUGGAAACAUAUGAAGAAAUGUUUGGUAACGAAAGAGACAUUAUGUUAAAAUCGGGUAUGUACCAAAAUGAUGAUGACGGAUCAGAUGAUUCAUCAACAUGUGAAUGUACAGACACUAAUAAUUCAGAACUAGCUAAAACAAAAGGGAAAGAUAAGUAUUUAAAACAUCUAAAACACAGAUGUACCCAUGGUAUAGGUUAUUGCUCAAUAGGUAGUACAUUCUUAACAUUGAUAGGUUUGGCAUUGGCAAAAAAGGCUGCCUUUGAUACCUUGAAUGUUACUUUCCAUGGAGUAUCGUAUAGUAAAUGCGCAUCCUCUAUCUCUAUAUUUAAUAUGCUUGAUGGUCCAUCUAUGUUUGCAGGCGGUACAGCAUGUUCUGCUGAUUUAACAGGAAAUGCUGCUUUUGCUGCUAUGGGCGCAUUAUAUCCAUGGGGUAUUGCAGCUUUGGUUCUACUUAUAUUAGCUAUUAUACUUAUAAUCCUAUAUAUAUGGUUAUAUAGAAGAAGAAAAAAUUCAUGGAAACAUGAAUGCAAGAAACAUUUAUGUAGGUAA